AUGCAGUGUGUGGGAAGUUGUUGUGAUUCUUUCGAGCGUUGUCAUCCGCACAGUGUCCGAAUACUGGAAAGACCGGUAGUGGAAAUGGUCUACGUGGGCAAUGGACGUUUCAUGCUCAAUCAGACGCUGAACAUCUCCAUGGAGGAACACACUUCUUGCUCGUGCUACGAUUGUGGACCGAAUGUACCCGAGUGCCCGCCAGGCUCUGUCAUUGGAUCGGACUGUACCUGUCAAUGUGCCAACAAGAGUGAUCGACACAAUUGCCAAGGUGGUUCUAUUCAGCUGACUCCUCCACCAACCACCCACCAAACUCCACAGCUUGUAAAAGCCCCAACUCUCUUGACAAAGAUAAAACACGGUAUUCAAAAAAUAAAACAACGUUGUCAAGCUCGUGGAUGUGGCCAUCGUUAA